AUGCAUGUCAUUUGGGGCUGUGUUAUUUACAUAUAUAAUGAAAAAUAUUUUUGUGCCACCAUUUAAUAAUUUAAAGUCCUUGUUGACUGAUACUACGUACAAUAUUGUAGGUCUAAAGAAUACAGACGGAGCUAUUUUUAUUCUGAAUCACAACAACGAGACAAUUGUACAUGCAAGACAAAUGAAUCGCACGACAAUAACAUUUACACUUGAGAACAUGCAUAAAAUAGCAUGUUUAUCGCAAAAAAAGAGAUAUGCCAUAUUACAAAAUGAAAUUAUGCAUAAGGUGAAUGGAGAUAUGAUAUGUCAUUUGAUUAAAAUGGCAGCAAUAACAGAAGCGGGUACAUCAGGUGGGAUAGCUUCCGGCAUCGUGAGAAAUUAUAAAUACAAGAGAACUAUCAAU